AACAUAAAAACAUCUUAUCUUCUUCCUCUCUGAAGCUCUCAAUUCCUUUCUUUCGUCCAAAAAAUUUCUCAGAAUCCAAACAACCUCACUGAUGAAAGAGUAUAAAUCAUUAUUCGCCUCCUAGCUCAACCAGAAUCCAUUGAAGUUCAUCCAAAUGGCCAUUACAACAGCCAAAUUAACCGAAUUGCCACUAAGAAACUCGCUGCCACUCACUUCUCACUCCCUCUUCUCUUCUACUUCAAAACCCUCAUUUCACUCUCUCAAAAAGCCCUUUUCUUUUUCUUCUUCACUUCGAACCAACAAAUACCCUAAUCCCAAAAGCCCAAUUCCCUCCUUGAAUUCUCCUUGGCUCUCCAAAUGGGGCCCUCCCAGUCCUGCUCCCGCUCCCGCUCCCAGACAAGUCGCUCGAUCCAACGGUCAAGACAAGACCCAGUUUUCGCCCGAGGGCAAAGGUCAAAAUGCGAUAGAAAGAAUCGUGCUUCGGUUGAGAAAUUUGGGGUUAGGAUCAGACGAUGAAGAUGAUGAUGGAGAGGAGGAUAAGGGAAUUGACCGUGGAGAUAAGGCGGAAGUAACUGGAGAUGAGAGAUUGGCAGAUUUAUUGCAGCGAGAGUGGGUCCGGCCGGAUACUAUAUUUAGCAAUAGGGACGAUGAGGAGAGUGACGAUUUGGUUUUACCAUGGCAGAGAAAGGAAAUCGAGAGAGAGGAGAGAGGAGGAGAGGGAGGGAGGGAAAGAAAAAGGACUGUUAAAGCUCCAACCUUGGCAGAAUUAACUAUUGAGGAUGAGGAGUUGAGAAGGCUAAGGAAAAUGGGCAUGUUUGUAAGAGAGAGAAUUAGUGUGCCCAAAGCUGGACUCACGAAGGAUGUAUUGGAGAAGAUUCAUGAUAAAUGGAGGAAGCAGGAGUUGGUUAGGCUUAAAUUUCAUGAGGUUCUCGCCCAUGAUAUGAAAACUGCCCACGAGAUCACUGAGCGUCGAACUGGAGGUUUAGUUAUAUGGAGGGCUGGAAGUGUCAUGAUGGUGUACCGUGGAAGUAACUAUGAAGGGCCUCCAUCUAAACCCCAAUCUGUUGAUAAAGAAGGAGAUGCACUUUUCAUUCCAGAUGUUUCUUCUCCUGAUACUGAAACCCUGAGGAAUCAUGAUGGUGUAAGUUCGACCGUAAAGAAAAGGGAACUGGCUAUUGGAAGAAUGAACAGUGCUGAGAAUAUGACUGAGGAGGAAGCUGAAUUCAACAGCUUACUAGAUAGUCUUGGUCCUCGAUUUGAAGAGUGGUGGGGCACAGGGAUACUUCCAGUGGAUGCUGACUUGCUUCCUCCAAAAAUUCCUGGUUACAAAACACCUUUUAGGCUUCUUCCUACUGGAAUGCGGUCAAGACUUACGAAUGCUGAGAUGACUAAUUUGCGAAAACUUGCUAAAACUCUUCCUUGUCAUUUUGCACUUGGGAGAAACAGAAACCACCAAGGGUUGGCAGCUGCAAUACGUAAGAUUUGGGAGAAAAGCCUAGUUGCAAAGAUUGCUGUUAAACGUGGUAUCCAGAAUACAAAUAAUAAACUAAUGGCUGAUGAGCUGAAGAUGUUAACAGGCGGUAUCUUACUGCUCAGGAACAAGUAUUACAUUGUAAUAUACCGUGGCAAGGAUUUUCUGCCAACAAGUGUCGCUGCUGCUUUAGCAGAGAGACAGGAAUUAACCAAACAGAUUCAAGAUGUUGAAGAGAAGGUAAGAAGCAGAGGAGUGGAGACAGCAUUAUCUGAGGAAGGUCAAGGAAAGGCACUUGCAGGCACCUUGGCCGAGUUUUAUGAGGCUCAAGCCAGGUGGGGCAAAACUAUAUCUGCUGAGGAACGUGAAAAGAUGAUUGAAGAUGCAGCUAGAUCGAAAAGGGCUAGAGUUGUCAAACGAAUUGAACAUAAAUUAGCUGUUGCCCAAGCCAAAAAGCUUAGAGCAGAACGACUUUUAUCGAAGAUAGAAGCCUCUAUGCUUCCUUCUGGUCCUGAUUACGACCAAGAAACAAUAACUGAUGAGGAAAGAGCAAUGUUCCGUAGAGUUGGCUUAAGAAUGAAGGCAUACUUGCCUCUUGGCAUUCGUGGUGUUUUUGAUGGUGUCAUCGAGAAUAUGCAUUUGCACUGGAAGCAUAGAGAACUUGUGAAGUUAAUAUCCAAACAAAAGACUCUUGCAUUUGUUGAAGAUACAGCUAGGUUGUUGGAAUAUGAGAGUGGUGGUAUUCUGGUGGCAAUAGAAAGAGUGCCCAAAGGAUUUGCUCUAAUUUACUAUCGUGGCAAGAAUUAUCGCCGACCCAUUAACUUGAGGCCAAGAAAUCUUUUGACAAAGGCAAAAGCUCUGAAGCGAUCUGUGGCCAUGCAACGCCAUGAGGCUCUUAGUCAGCACAUAUCUGAAUUGGAAAGAACCAUAGAGGAAAUGAAGAAAGAAAUUGGCUUUUCUCCAGAAGAAGAAGAUGAGAAUAAUUGGACCUCAGAACCAAAGGAACAUGGCCGGUUAAAUAAUCUCUCAGAUUUCACACAAAGUGAGGAUGAACCUUCAUUCAUUGGAGCUGAUGGGGAAGAGUCUGAUGAUGAUGUUGAUGAUGAUGACGGUGAGGGCAAACUUGAGAAUGAGAUUGAUUGGGAAUCCGAAGGAGAUGUUGAAUUUUCAGGCUUCCAAAAUGAUGAUCAUCCUAUGACAUAAAUGGUUGACCAGUCACUGAAUUUCUGAAGCAACUAGUAUGGCAUUUUUUCGUUGAACAUGUCUGAUAAAGCAGUGGAUGAUUCUCAUGGACAUUAGUUGGCUGAGCUUAUUCUUCUCCUGCUUGUAUUGGGAUUUACACAAUUUUGUGCCAAUCAAAGGAUGGCUUACUAAGGUGUGCUUGCAUGUUGUUAGAAUUCAUCAGAAGCACUCUUCAAUUACGGCAGUUGAACUGUGCUUGACUGUGCUCUGGGCGCUUGGCAAUGAUCUGCAAUCUGCUUUUCAUAAUCUGGGACAACAAUAUUGAUUAUUUCUGUCCAAACCAACCAUCUGGUGAAGCAUUCAACUGGUACACCAUAACGAGGAGGCUUCUUUUUUCCAGGAUAAGCUAUUGUAGCCUAUUAGAGAGGAAGGGGAUGAAUUUUUAAAAAGAAUAGGAAAAGGGAUGAGAUUGUUUUUUCCCUGCCAUACGAUAAAUUCCAUUGAUUGUAAAGCAGCUAUCAUGCAUGUCUUACCUUGAUGAGCAAUCGACCAAGGAUGUUAGAAAAUGUAAUUGAUGAAAGGUUUUUUCUGUCAGCGCAAAUAGCUUUUAAAUUGUAAUAAAAUAGGGGAGCAGGUUUAAAAGUUCA